AUGGCCACUGGACAUAGCCCAACCAUUCUCCGCCUCGCCGUGUGUCUCUUCGAGGAUGUAACAUCUCUGGAUUACCAAGGCCCCAUCGCGCUCUUCGGAUGCAUUGAACCAGAGUUUGCUAACAAAUACUUGCAAGAUCUGCCGCUAGCAUCCGCCGGUUUGAAAUAUAUGUUGGAGAUCGUGUACCUAGCGGAAUCGCUCGAUCUCGUGAAAUCUUCGCCGGGACCGCUGGUCGUACCAUCAAGAAGGUAUGAUGAGAUUGGAGACAGCGAGCAGUUUGAUAUACUGCUGAUUCCUGGUGGUCCCGUCGCACGUCCAGAGAAUGUUCCCAGAUCUCUCCUUGAAUUCGUCCAACGCCAAGCGCUAGGUGCUUGCACGUUCCAACCGUUUGCACGGGUUCCUGGGUUCUUGCAGGAACGGGUCUCCUCCGCGGACAAUACAAGAGGAGAAGAGAUUGAAUGGAUAGCCAAAGCGCGGUGGGUGGUAAACGAGGACGACGGCAGAAAGAUUUGGACGAGCUCCGGGGUGACGGCAGGAAAAGAAGCUAUGGCCUUCCUUAGAGGAAUUGUCGAGUUGACUGCGAAGGGCGAGAGCGAAGACGACUUCGCGGCGUAUUACGGUCUUGUUUGA